UUGAUUACUUACUAACUUACUAAGACAAUGGCAAUAUUUAUUCCAUUUUUUCAUAAAUGGAAUAUUUUAAAAUAACUAUAUAAUUACAAUAUUCACAAAAAAUGGCUUAUAUCAAUGUUGCCGAAUGGUCUCCGGAUCAAGUGACCGACUGGAUAAAAGGUCUGGAUGACUCGAUGUACAAUUAUGUGUACUCCUUUAUUAAUAAUGGAGUAGGUGGACAUCAGUUACUGAAUAUUAGACCAUACGAGCUGGAACAGUUAGGUAUGCAUUCCAUCGGUCAUCAGGAAAUUGUCUUGGAAGCGGUGGAAAAUUUAAGGAACUUUCACUUCAACCUGGAUAAGGAGAAUCUACAAUUUAUGGCUUUGCAUGUAGCGACUGCUGCCAGAUGCUUGCACCGCCAAUUAGCUCUGAAAACAGGAGAGACAAUGAUUGAGACGCAGGUUCUCAACGAUAUAACACGAACUAUUGCCACAAUAAAGCCAUUGAUAUGUUGGCUUGACAGAUCCCCUUUCCAAGGACAGUUUCAAUUUACAGAAAUUUGUCGGAAAAUGCUAAGGCUUGGAUUGGAAAUGGCAACGAUAGCACAAAGGGAACGAUUUGUGGAGCGUCCGGUAGAACAAAUUCGAACGACGGCGGAGACUUUGGAGCGUUUGGCUAACUAUAUAAUUCAGGACAUCACUGAUCCUAUGCUCUUACAACCUGCUUCUCUUAAUUUAGUUACUCUAAAGAAGAGAGAAUCGGAACUUGGUUUUAAUAUUGAAACCAGCUACCACGGAGUUCACCGGGUGACCGAUAUCAAACACAACUCGCCAGCCCACAAUUCCGGUAAAAUAGAAGACGGGGACGAAAUAGUUCAGAUAAACUAUCAGACCGUAGUCGGAUGGCAAUAUAAGACAGUUCUUUUGCAAUUAAGAGAAUCAUUACCAGAUGUAUUACUAACUCUAAAAAAACGGCCAAAGCAUACCAAAAUAUAUGGUCAAAUUUAUAUGCAACCGUACCGCCUUCCAAGUAAGAAACGCAACAUUGGGACGCGUUGGGGAGAAAACGUCCCGAGUCCCCGCACUGGAUUCCUUGCAGUCCCUGAAAAUACAUUUAAAAUGCCAGCACUGACGCUGAACGUCGAAAAUGAAAAAACCGAUGAGGCUGAUACCGACUCCAUAUGUAGUGACAUUCUUACGCCAACAGACGCCAAAGUUUUGGAGAAGGAAAGUCGUUUGUAUUAUCCAAAGCCUCGGGCCAUGCUGCAAAGACGAAACACCAUCUGCGGAGAUGAGAUUUUGAGACAUAAAAGUUUAGGUGUUGUGCCACAUUGGAUCGAAAGUAAGUCUGGUAUAGGGGUGGAUCCAUCAUCACCCAGCCUAAGAGACAAAUCUGUUUCAUUUGGAUUUGGUCUCGAAAUAAAUCCAAGACCUACGACCUGUAUAGGAAUAGGAGGAGGACCGAACUCCAAGUACGUUGGAGAGUUUAGCGACAAGAAAUUGCGUCAAAUUGUAGAACAAUCCAGUGAGAAGUCUCUUUCAUCUAAACCUGGUGUAUGCAAGGUCGUGCGCUUCGAUGCGACCAUGAAAGUGGAGGAUUACCCGCUCGACGAGAAGUACACAUGCAAUGUUCAAAAUACUAUAUUGGAGACAUUUGAACCAAUCCCAUUUGCGGAUGAAGAAGAGGACGUCAUAGAGCCGUUGCCUUUUGUUGAAGGAAAGUCGGAUGAGGCAGUAGAAGUCAAUGGAAAAGAAAAAAUGUGUAAUAAUAACGCUUUGGUUGAGACUAUAAAUAUACCGGUUGUGGUAAGACGUGGUAGACUUGACAAAAGCCAUAGUACCCCGGCGUAUGACAACUCGGGGGAGGAAUCUGACACGCCGCCGGCAAUUGAACCACGAAAGGAAUUUAUUUUAGUAACACCGCCGGUACCGCCUCCACGACCUAAAAGGCAGCAUGAAAUGAAUCCACGUUCAGUUCCAAUCCCUCCUCCGAAACCUCCUGGCUUAAUGCAAGCUAUAAAUUCGUCUCCGAUACCUCAGAAAAUACAAUCUAUUCCUCACGAAUCGCCACAGCCAAAACAGCCCACAAAUAAUUUAAAUGUUGUCCAGCAAAGUCUUGAUGGCGUUAGUUCUCUGCAUAAUAGUACACUUUCGCUUGUGGCCGAUGUUUCUACCACAGAAGGAAGCGAAAUCCACACUCCAACGAAAGCCAGAACAUUGACUCUGAAAAAGAAGCACAGUCUGAUAAAUAAGAGACGAAAUGUUAACCUCAAAAUUUUAGGUACUGGCGAUAUUCAGGGCUAUCUGUUUCGACGGACAAAAGACAAGCGAGGUGUUACAUUCUGGGCUCGCUUGUACUUCGUAAUGUUGGACACAAUCUUAUACGGAUUCCGUUCAAAGGAAGCAUCGAAAGCUAACUGUGUAAUUUUUCUACCCGGUUUUACAGUGUCAUUGGCGAAGGAGGUCCACUCGAAACCAUUUGCAUUUAAAGUCUACCAUUCUGCAAAGACUUUUUAUUUUGCAGCGGAGUCCCAAGACGCGCUAAAUCAAUGGGUAGAAUUUAUACGACAAUCUACAUUGGCCCAAAAUAACAACACGAUAAACGGACCAGAAGCAGAAGUUAACGCACGUACUUUGUUUUCUGAAAAUGAUAGUUCCAGUGAAGAAAACGAAUCCGUUGUGAUAAAAAAUCUCUGCACGCCUUCGCCGCAAGCAAAUAGAGACUCUUUGCCUUCGGCCUCGGCUUCGGUGUCAACAAAAACUCCAACUACGACGCCAAUAUCAACCAAGAGUGAUCGAUACCUGGGUUCCUUAAGGAAACUUACAAAAGGCUCUUUGCAGUUUAAAAGUUCGUCGACAAAUGAAAAAAAGAUGUCAAAUGAUAUUCCUGUGCCUACAGAGCAAUUUCGGUCAUACCGUAAAGUGCCGGGGGGAAGUUAUGGUAUUCAGAUCGGAGCCAAUACACCGGGAUAUCAUGACUCUUCUCUACACCCAUUUAAUGUGUCGAAUGAACAUCACCAGACCUCGCAACAGCACCAGCAAGUGGCACAGCAACGGCAAUCAACUCAACAACAUCAUAACUUAGCUGUGACUGCCCCAAACGAGAAACCAGCCAAUUCACUUUCGAGAAAAAGUUCUGGUGGAUGGGAUACAACAGUGGCGACAUUAGAACCUCCCUCAUCGCCAGCGCCCGUACCAUAUGCCCAAAAAGAUAUAACAUCUAUAACCGAGAAUGAAGAAUCAACUGACUUCAAUAUUCCUCAAACGAGAUUAAAUGACGAGGAAACUACUCAGCAGCCCCCUGGUGUAAUAAGCCCCAGCAAGAGCAUUAAGAAAAUACCUUACAAUUUCAUUCACGCUUCAAAUCCCAAUUUAGUUGAGUUUGACUUCCAAACUUCGCGAACGUUGGAUUACAAUUUGCCGAAAAUUAAUUCAGCCGAUGCUUGGGAUGCCCUUCCAACCAACAUACAGGGAUUUGUCACUCUCAAGGAUUUAAUGCUACAAAAGCAGGAAGAAGAGGCACAAGAAAUGUACAAUAAUCGAGUUUUACUAGGCGUUGAAAAGAAGGAAGAUCACAAGCGCAGCACUGCACAGAAGCAACCUAACCAGUCGAGUGGGGUAAAUGAUGAGAGCGGUGGGAGCCAUCAUUGUGAAGAUGUAAAGGUCUCAAAAACUCAAAGCCGUAGUCUUCCUAAACCGCCCGAUUAUGAAAUUAGUUUCAAGCCAGACGAUGAGGAUAUUCAGCUUACGCGUACAAAGGAAGGACUCAAAUUGCGUGACUUUGGCUAUGAACUUAUAUCAGGAGACGAACCAUUAGGAGCCUCAUCUAAUACUUCUCGACAGUAUCUUCAAACAAACCGACAACCCCCGCAUCACUCGGAUAUUCACGAUUCAUUAUGCAGUAACAGCAAUUGGACAUCUGCAAUGAAAUCCAAGUCAUUUCUAUUGUCUUCGAGCAAGCUCAAAAAGAACUCUACAAGUAGUAGUUGUUCAUCAGCUGAUUUUAAUCUUGGCUCUGGCGGAGAACGAAGACUAGGUAGUUUUAAGAAAAAAGGAAAGCUGGAAAGCUUCAAGACUUCCAGUGAAAAAAUCUUUCAAUUCGGCAAACAUAGUUCCUGCAGCAGCGGCGCAGGAACAACAAUGACCUUGCCGCUGAACAAAAAGUCAAGCAAUUUGACGAGUGAGGCAUGCGGAAAUGGAAAUACUGGUAUUAAAAAAAGUCAAACAUACAACAACGAGCUGAAGGAAAAGGCGGGUAAAUACGAUGCGCAACGUAAGAAUUCGGCCCCAAUGCCAAUAUUUGCUAAGCUGAGUUUUUCGAGUUCUUCGUCUACACCGAACUCGAACAGUAAAAGUGAAAGUAAGAAGGUCAACAAGAACUGCAACUCACCCCAUUUCCAUAGAGCUCUUUUCGGUCAUCAAAACAAUGCAAAUAGUCCACAACAAAACUCAAGUGGAAACAGUGCAUACUCUGGUCGAGAAUACGACCAAGAAAUCUUUUCUCAAGUUGUGUUUCCGAAAAAGAACACCAACCGCAAGCAAUCGAUUAUAACUUCAAUCGCUAAUAAUGAUAUUAUAACUGCACCCGACACAACUGCGCCACCACCCCCAACAAAAACAUAUAAUACAAAUGAGAAUUCACAAACAACUCCCAACGUGCCCACCACCGAAUACCCCAAUAUGGAAUGCCCCCCAGUCUUCGAACCAGAUAUUUACUCGCUAGAUCCAAACGCAAGCCUCCUACUGAGGCGAAAUAACAACAACAACCCCAAUAGUCGAGAAAACGAAAACAAGUGAUUCAAUCACAUUCUCCAUAAACCUUAUUUAGCUUCGACGCAUCAUAAAGCGACAGAAUGAUUGUUAAAUUUAUUAUAAUUUGAUCACCGCCUAACAUUAAUAUCAUCCUGUAAUUUAGUCUUCCCUUUAGUUACAGCUGUAUUCAGUAUAGCACAUUUAUUUUUUUUUUUCUAUUCUAAAAUUGGCCAAACAUCUUAUUUCAAAAAUACUGGUCACCAUGUACAUAUUAUACAUACAUAAAUAUACAUAUAGUUUCAAAAAUAUUUACAAACAAUAAAUAAUUAAAAAGAAAA